ACCGCGAAUCCUUUGAGUUCAUGCUGGAGAUUCAGACAGCUAGAGAAUGAUUGCUCAGUUUAAAAUCUUUAGAAACGCAUGGACUAAAUAAUGAGACCUGGAUAAACGAGAUAAACAUAACAGGCUUGUAUGCGCUUUGACAGUUUCUCUAAGAAGGAAACUGUAAUAAUUCAUAAUCGGUCGCUAUGGAAACUGGGCUAACAAACGUUGUCCAGUCUCUGUGAAACAUUGAAUGAACAUGUACUUAAAUGUAAAACUGCUUAUUAAUAUAUAUUUAAACAUUUUGGUUAUUAGAUGACUAACGUUAUAGUUCUUUGCAUUUUGUCAGAUUUGGUCUGCAUUGUAAUUUUAACAAAGUAAAAUAAACUACUAUGCUAGCAGUAACGUUUUCGAAGUCGACAUGGUUUAGGAUGAGCAUCGUAUUCGCUGGCUCCAGAUAAUAUUAAUACCCCAUGAGAAUAAAAUGAAAAGAGUGGCUCAGAUGCUCAAACGAUCACCAGCAGCGGGAUCCAAAUGUUCCAAGAGCCUCCAGAGCAAAACUGUGUCCCCAAACGCCAUCUCAUGGUCGGAGACUGAGGAUGGAGCUCUUCGAGAAGAUAUCAGUGAUGAUGAAAAAAGGCCAUAUAAGGGGACAAGAUACAUCACAGAAGACCUGAUCAGGAGAUUGGCUAAAUGCGAAAAUGUAGUCCUUGUGCGGACCCUGGAUUUGUCUACAUCUACAGGAAGUGACAAACAAUUUAGGUAUAUUGAAAAUUUGGAAAAGUGUGAGCGCUUACACGUUCUCAACCUCAGUAACAACAGGAUCGAGAGAAUCGAGAAACUAGAGAAACUAUUUCAAUUACGGGAACUCCACCUUUCCAGUAACAGGAUACGAAAAAUUGAAGGUCUAGAGCACAUGACAAAUCUUCAGGUUCUGAAUUUGGCCUUCAACAACAUUGAACAUCUUCCAGUUUGGAUGGCAAAGAAGCUCAGAUCUCUUCAUACUAUAAAUCUACAGAGAAACAAGAUAUUCUCACUUCAUGAGAUAACUAAGCUGAAGCCCCUGAAGAACCUGACGAGUCUGACAUUAGCAGAAAACCCCAUCUCCAGCCUGCCCCAUUAUCACCUCUUCCUAAUCUUCCAUCUGAGGUCACUGGAAAUGUUGGAUGGACAACCAGUCAGUCCACAGGAAAGAGAGCAAGCACAUCAGCGCUUUCACAUGGAGGAAGUGGAGCGCUUGGAGCAAGAGCAGGAGUUGAGAGCUGAAGAGAUUGCACAGCUUCAGAGAGAGCGGACCACAGCACUGGAAGAACUAGAGCGGCAGGAAACGGUCAACCAAAACCUGAGGCGACAGCAUCAGGAACAACAACGGAGCCGUGAGGAACUCCGGAGAGAACUUGACACCAAAUCUGAACUGCUGAAGCAGAAAACAGUGGAGUUGACCCGGGCCUGUCAGAAACACUAUGAGCUUGAGCAGGAGUUGGCUUUUCACAAAAUAGAUGCCAAGUUUGAACCUCUUCCAUUUUAUCCAGAUCCUGAGGUGGAGGUAGAGAACCUUUCUAGCGAGAGUCCAUACAUAGGAAAGUCUCGUCAGAAAAGGAACAUCAAAUUUCCAUCAGAGACGGAUAACAUGGGUGCACAAAACCAGCAGAAGCCUGCCUCAGUGGACCUGACUGAGACAGACACCCCAGGAGAACAUGACAUGUCCAGACAUGCUCAGCUUAGAGCUGUGGAACAAUUACAGCAGUUGCAUAAAGAAAUUGAGGUAAAAGAGCAGCAGAUCCUUAAAGCCAGUGAAGAGCUCCGGCAGCUAGAGGAGACAGUUUCUCAGAGACGGAUCUGUGAGGCUGAGAAGGAUCAGCUCAGGCAGGAGCUUCAGAGGAGGAUACGGAGGCUGGGAGAGAUGAGAGGAGAGAUGGAGGCUAUGGAGAGGCAGCUGGAAGGGCUGAAUGCUGAGAGGAACCAAGCCCAGGAGGAAAUGGACCAGCUGCAGAAUCUACUGCACAGCCUGGAUCCCAGUGACCCCAGACAUACCCAUGUAAAGGCUCAGUUGUCCAAGAAGACACAGCUGCUGGCCAUCAUGAGCAGAAAGCACCAGGAACUGGAGAGCAGGCUGGAUGACAUGAUCACACGUAUCUACAAGGAGACACAGGAGAUCAAAGAACUAGAGCAACAGCUCACUGAUGGUCAGAUCGCUGCUAAUGAAGCACUCAAGCGUGACCUGGAGGGCAUCAUCGCAGGUCUCCAGGAGUAUCUGCAGGGGGUGAAGGACCAAGCACGAAGAGCCCAGUUAGAUUGCAGGCGUCUGCAGAGGGAGAAAGAUGCGCUGCAAUGCCUCCUAUGUGAGAAGGAGCAGCAAGGCGCACAGCUGCAGAAAAGCGCACAGGAGGACCUGCUGCAGCAUCAGCAGCAGGAAUUGGAGGAUCUGAGGAAGGAGAAUGAAGAGCUGAAGCAAGCUCAGGGGCAGGUCAGUGAAUAUGAAGCAGAGCUGGAGACUCAACUGCAGGAGAGAGAUACUGAGGCCACACAACUGAAGGAGGAACUGGGCAGACUGCGUCGACUAAGUCAAAUGGAGCACUCUGCACUGCAGGCAGAGUUGCAGAAAGAAAGACAGGCAAAAGAGAACGCUUUGGCACAGAUGCAGAUGGCUGCCGACAGAGAGCUUGAGAACACAGAGCUUCUUCAACAGGUCAACAUUCUCCAGGAGGAAAGAGACAGUCUUAAGGAGAAGGUGGAUGCUCUUCAGUGCGAUUUGGAGCAGGUUAGGGAGGAGAUGCUUUGCCCGGAAAGUGUGGCUAAAUAUUUAGGAGAGCUGAGAAGAGGCAUAGCUACAGGACAAGAGAUACUAAGCUUUGAAGACCUUGGAGAACCAGUGCAUAAGAAAUUCACAGAGCUACAACAGGAGGUACAUCAUGUGGUAUCUGCUGCUCAGAGAGAUAGAGAUGAGGCCCAGCGCUGUCAGGAGACACUUGCUGGAGAGAUGAGUUCACUCAGAGAGAGACUCAGGAAGUACCAAGAAAGAUACCAGGCUCAGCAGGCAGAAGAGAGACGGGGUGAGGAGGCAGAGCUCCAUAGAUUGAGGAAGGAGCUGGAAGAUGCUCAUGAACAGCAGUACUUGAUGCUGCAGCGUUUAGAGGAGACAGAAAUGGACAGGGACCGUCUUCUUGCUGAAUUAGAAGAACAAGAUAAACAGGUGAAAGCUGAAGAGAGCCAGACUCAGGAGCAGCUAGGAUCUCUCAGUCUGGAGUUGCAAGCGCUCAGGAGCUCUUUUUCCUCUGCUGACAGAAUGGCUGCCCAACAACUGACUGCAGCAAAGGACAAACUUCACUCUCUUCAUAGCACAAUAGAGAAAAUACAUCAGGAGAGAGCAGUGAAUGCAGAGGAGUUACAAAGCACCAGGAUUCAGGCUGCCCAGGCCAUUCAGGACUUGGCUAAUGCUGAAGCAGAAAUCGAAGUUCUCCAGAAGCUUUUGAGAGACAGGGUUCAUGAGACAGAUGGGAAUCUCCACAGUGUCCCAAAUUCUAGCAUUCAACCGCAAGAAUUGGACAGAUUAAACCAAACCUUGAAAAGACAACAGGCCCAAACCAAACAUCUCAGAGAUCAACUAGCACAAGCCAAAGAAGCUAAUAACGUAAAUCUAGAAGAGCUUCUGGAGGAGAUUGGAGCACUGAGGGAGACUCUUCUACAGCAGAAUAACUUCCUGUCCAGUUUAGGAGAUCCCCUGCCAAACACAGGAUGUUGGUACUAUGUCCCGUCAAAUCAAAAUGCCCCUAGUUUUGGAUCUCAAGGCACACAAGACUCAGGACUGGGCUCUGUGCACCCACAGUCCCCUGAGAGAGGCCGGCGGUCCAAGCACAGAGCACACAGGGAAAGAAGACCUGUUAAUGGAGGAUACUGGGUCUAUUCCCCCCAUCCGCACAAUCAUGGAAAGAGAGAUGCACAGAUGUUCCGAGACAGUGGAAGAGAGAGCGAUAUAGAGACACGCUUCACGCCUCCAUCCGUCUCUGCUGGAUUUACUCUACCUGAUGGUACUGCUUUUCCUCCUGGUUCAUUUAUCUACAGUCACCCUGUGCCUGGACUUCCCAUUGGCUCAAGUACAGUCUUCUAUGGGCCGCCCCCUGAUGGAGCCAGGCUGAUGUACGGACCUCCUCCUAGCAAUGUAACUAUUCCUCUGGUGGCCAGUGGGACGCUGCACUGUAAUGUGCCUGGACAUCAGGACUUGGAGCGCGAUCUGAAGAAGGCAGAGCGUAGGCUGAAAGAGGAGUGCGCUGAUAGAGCUCACAUUGAUAAAGAACAGCAAGCACUUCAAGAAAAAACAGCAGACCUACAGAAGGAAAUCAAACGCCUGCGCAGGACUGUCCACACACUGCAGCGCCACAUUAGUGGGCUGGAAGGCUCCUUAUCACAUGCAGAGGAGGAGCAUUGUGUGCUGGGUGAGGUGGAGUGUGUGGAGAAGACCCUGCUGAAGCGCAGAGCAGAGCUCAGAGAGGCUGACAGGCUGCUGCUAGAGGCUGAGACAGAGCUCAAAGACACUCGAGCCAAGACUAAAGAGAGCAUGCAACGCUACAAUGAGGCCAAGAGGCGAGAGGAAAAGACAGAACGAGAGCUGGUGGAGAUGGAACAGAGAGCUCAAGACGGUGCCACACAGCUGGUGCAAACCAGACAACAGCUCAGGAAUCUUCAAGAGGAGGUUAAGGAGCUGCAGAAAAGAAAACAGGACCAAGAACACAUUCUACACGAAGUAGAGGAGGUCCUCGCAUGUCAAGAUGCAAAGUUUCAAGAAGUCAACAGAAAGCUGGAGAGAGCGACUGACAGACUGGAAACUGCUGAGAAAGAGCUCAGAGAGACCCAGAGCCUGGAGGUGAAACUCUUGCAGACCUGCAGAGAGACAGAAGACUCGCUAGCACAACGCAAAUCAGAGCUGGACGAAGUCAGCACUCAGGUGGUGUUACAGCAGGAGGAGCUGUCUUUGCUGGACAGGAAGCUGGAGCAGUGGAAAAAGGAAGAGGAAGUGUUGAGAAUUAGUGUGGAGAAACACAGGCAGGGCCUAUUGGAUGUGCUCAGACAGGGAGAAGAGGAUGCCCAACUCUUACACCAGCGCAUUCAGGAGCUCCGUGUGGAUGUGCAGUCUCUGGCCGUGCAGAAGGGGGAGCUGGACUCUCAGCUGUCCGAGAAGAAAACCAGACUGACACAUUAUAAGAAAGAGCAGCAGAAGGAGGAGGAAACCCUGCAGAACCUCCAUUCAGCCAUCAAAAAACAUAAAGCAGAGCUGAAGCAUGUGUUGGAAAUGGUUCAGUUGGAGACAGGGGAAUUGGAGGGUGUGAAGCUUCAGCAUAACCAGAAACUGGACCAGCUAGAGAGGAGCCAGGAAACUCUGCUACAGGUGCGUGUAGAACUGCAGUGCGUGCAGCAGGAGCUACAGGAGCAGCGUGGGGAGGCUGAGAGACAGAUGAACCUGCUGGAGAAAGAGAGAGCAGAGCUGCACACCCUUCAACUGAAGAGCCUCGAACUGCAACAGCAAACAGACACAGCAGUCCAAGAGAGGAGCAGCCUGCAGGAACAGUGCAGAAACCUGGAGGCCAGACGGACACAUGCUCAGAGGUGUUUGGAAGCAACAGAGACGAGGGCGAGGGCUGCAGAAACAGAGCUGCUUAGACUACAGACCGAGCUGGACAAACUACAACAGGACCAGAAACAUGCACACGAUAAGCAUCAGGAGAUCCGCAGGGACACAGCAGCCCUGCAGCAGCAGCAUGAGGAGGAGUUGAGCAGAUUGAAGAAACAGCUGGUGGAAUCUCAAACUCAGUUAGAUGAGAUCAGAGAGGAGGUAAAGGCUGCGAGAAGGCAGCGAGAAGAGCUUGUGAAGCAACAGAAGGAGCAAAAGGCUGAACUGCAGGAGAAAGAGGAGAAGAUCAGGAGGAGACAACAGAAACUGGACAGACUGGGUCAACAGCUGCAGGAGCUCAAGGCAGAAGUAGUCAUGAAACAGACACAGAUUCAAGAACAUGAAAAGCUGAUGAGAGUGCAUCAGCAGAAGAGCACUGAUCUGGAGCAGCAGCGCAGGCUGAAGCAGCAGAAGCUGCAGGCAGUAGAGAGUGCUCUGGGCCUCAGGCUGGACCGGAUGGAGCAGGUCACAGCCGCAGAAAUGGACCUGCAGAGGGAGCGCGAACAGUGCACUGCACUACAAGAGCAGGUGGAGGAGCUAGAGCAGGAGGUGUGUGAGCGGGACUCCAGACUCCUGCAUGCUGUUGAGGAGACCCAUCGCCUGCAGGAGGCUCUGCUGUCUGACAGGACCAGCGCUGAGGGACGUCAGGAGGCUCAGGGGAACCACAGCCGCACAAACAGGCAAAAACUGCAGGGAGUGGAAAAGCUGCAGAGCCAAGAAGAGGACAACACUCAGCUACUUGAGAUCAAGGACAGCGUGCACUCUCUGAGAUCCCAGGUGAAAGCAGAGCUGGACAAUGGACUAAGGGAGCUGGAGUCGCCCUCUAGUGCCUCCUCAGACACAGACAGCCUGAAAGAGAACCGUCCUGGUGUUACACUAUCCAUGGGAAACCCAGCAUACAACACUAAGGAUGAACAGUGGCGAGGCGAAGCAUUGAGGGAGAGACUUAGGCAGCAGGAGGACCACUUGAAGGUUCAGCUGCGCAGACGCAUGUUCUCCCAGCAGGAAUCUCUGAGUCAGCGCAGACUGCAGACUGAAGGCAGCAUUCAGGGUCUGCGCAGACAUGUCGACAAACUGGACCAGCUCCUCAGCAACUCCUCCAAAGACUCGUAUUAUUUCGAUGACUAGGAAGCUCUGCCAAAACAUGCCAAUGUAAUUGAUCAGAAACAAUGCUCCACUGACCAUUUUGUAUUGACAUGAGCAAAUAUUUGCAUAUGCAGUAACGUAACCAAGCAGCAUAUAUAAAGAAGGAACUAAUUUCCAUAAUUUUUGUCAGAUUAUGAAAGCAGGUGGUUACAGAGGAGCACAGAUCUUAUCAGAGGAGCAGCUCGAUUAAACCCACUUCUACAAGAAACAAGCACGCAGAAACCACUGAGCCAAAUCCACGAGAGUGCCUCAAUGACUUCCUGCUUCAGUUAGAGCAGAGGCUGGAUGUGUUUGUCUCCUAAACGCCAAAAAAAUAGGCUGGCGUCAGCACUUUCCAUAUACAAAUAAGGAAACUGAAACUUGAGGUAAAAAUAAGAUGGUGAAAGUUUAUUCUCUACCUCGGAUUUGUUCUUGUUGCUUUAUGAAAUUAUUUUUAACACAAACUGAUAUGUGCCUUCUCUCGGUUUGCUCAUGUUAAAGUAGAUGGUGUCUUGCGAGUGUUUACAGGUGAAACAGAUGCAGGCAGGAAGGUUUCAUGUUUCAUCAUGUGAUGUCAUUGAUGCAAGCUGUGCUCUGGAAUGAAUGAGUUCAUUUUUAUAUGACUCUUGUCAAAAAUGACCUUGUAUUCAAAGCCAAGAUAUGCACAGUAUUUAUUACAGCACUUUUCUUUAUAUACAGUUUGUCUCAAAUCAAAUACAACUUAAAUUAAGUGUGCAAUACAAUUAGUAGUCUUUCUUUCAUUUUCUUGUCCAGUUUCUCCUCUCAAGAUGUCUCAGCAUUAUUGCUUAUAUACAGUGUGAUCAAUCGUGUAUGUGGACAAAAACACAGUCUACAGUAUUGUCUUUAUUAACAUAAUUACAAACAAAAGUCACUUACAGAAGACAGAAUUGAGCAGAAGAUUAAUUUUUGCAGAUGUCAUUAAGAUGUGAAAAAAGCAAGACAGUAGGAGCAAAUUAAAAAUGGAUUUUCAGUUUACAAAACAACACAUCUAAAAUCUACCAUAAUACACAAAUUUAAUAGAAAAUCAUAUUUGGAGUGCUUGUAUUUGCCUUUUUAGCUGUUCGUUGCAAAUGUGCAUCAAUGGAAAAAGAAACAACUGCUGGUUGUACAAAUCAGAUCUGGGCCAAGUCUCCCCUCAAUGAUGUUUCUCAUGCUGUGGUGGCCUAUUUGUUACAUAUUUAUAUAUUUCAAGAUAUUAUUUACUCCGUUUGAAUUGGGGGAAACCAUGACGUCUGUAAAAAGCAGUUGUCUCAUGCAUCAUGCUUAAGGAACCUUUAAGAAACUCAGCUCAGCUCAAAAACAUGAUCAGUGUUUGGAAAUCAAUUUAAUGGAAUGCUUUUGAAAAGGCAUAAUCCCUAUUACAAGUGAAUCGCUGGAAUUGUUUCAAUAAAUGCUAUACGAGGAUUAUGAAUAAAACGGGCAGCACAUCAGAAUGAACAAAAGCAUAUCAUAAGGCAACUGAAAUUAUGUAAAAACAAUAUGAAUAUCUUGAUAUGGUGAGGGUUUGCAGGGCCUGAACGAUCAGUACACGAUGCUCUUGUCGAUCUGUUUUUCUUAAGCUACUGUGAUGUUGAAACAUUUACAGAUGCUCAAAAACAGAUCGAAGGGGAUCUGAAACCUCAUAGUGCGACACACUGUAGACCUCAGUAACACAAAACAAGCUUCAGGCCCUCGGAAAAUCAAAUUGAAACUGCAAAGUGCGGAAAACAUUCCUCAGGACCUAAAAUGCGUCCCAUCCUCUUCAAUAUAUUACUAUAACAGUUACUAAGUUAAAAUAACUGUCUGAAUCGACUUUUCUUUUUUUUUUUUU